AUGGUACAGGACAUGCACGACCCCGAGUUCUACCUGCGCGCGUACGGUGUGCGCGGCCCGAGCGGCGCCGUGCGCGCCGGCUGCGGCCGCUACCGGGACGUGGUGGACUGCGGUGCGGACGAGCAGCUCGACCCAGCGCUCUCACGGGGGCUCGAGGAGGAGGAAGAGGACUGCGAGAUGGAGGCGGAGAGCGAGGACGUCGACAAGAAGUUCAAGGAGGAGCCUGCGGCGGCGGCGGGGCGCGGCUCGGACGCCACGGCCGCGCAGGGGACCGCGGCGGCACCGCCGACCCACGGCGUGCCACCCCCGGACGCGGACGCCAUGGUCUGUCUCGUCAAGAUCUACGGAGACGAGCACCGGCUCUCGCUGAACGACAUGGUCGAGUUCGUGGGCGUGCUGACGCUGGACCCGACGCUGGCGGCGGCCGGCGACGCCGAGGACGCGAUGGACGCCGCCGAGCUGGCGGCCCACAACCCGCCGCCCUCGCUGGCGCCGCGCCUGCACGCCGUCGCCUGGCGCAAGCUCGAGCACAGCAACCCGCUGCUGGAGGCGGCGGUGGCGGCGACGGCGUCCAGUCCCGCGGAGCUGGCCGCCACGCGCCGUGAGCUGGUCACCGUCCUGCGCACGGCGCUGCUGGGCGACGCGCUGGCCGCCGAGCUGCUGCUCUGCCACCUGCUCUCGUCCGUGUACGUGCGCCGCGAUGUGAUGGCCCUGGGCAAGUUCGCGCUGAACCUGGCGCGCGUGCCGGCAACCGGCGCGCUGCCCGAGCGGCUGUUCGCGCUGCUGGAGCGGCUGACGGAGAAGGCGCUGUUUGUGCCGCUCUCGCUCGGCAACAUGAACGGCAUGACGCUCGUGCCGAAGAAGGACUACAAGCGGAACGUGCUGGACACGGGCCGGCUGCAGCUGACCCAGAACACGCACCUGGUGCUGGACGAGACGGCUCUGUCGCCAGGUCAGCUGGACGAGCGGGGCGUCCAGAACCUGGCAGCGCUCGGUCACCUCAUCACCUGGCAGAAGGUCGAAUACGACUUCGGCUUCCACAAGCUGGCCUACGUCGCCGACGUGCCGGUGCUGGUGCUGUCCGAGGGCCGCUCGCUGCUGCCCAGCGACUGCCGGGUGCCGCUGGAGCCGACCGAGCCGGCCGACCGGCUGGAGGAGCAGCACCGCGCGCUGGACCAGUACCUGACGCCGCCGCUGCUGCAGCAGAUCCGCAGGUACCUGACGGUGGCGCGCUGCCUGCCGUACGCGGUGCCGGAGCGGCUGCAGGCGACCGUGCAGCAGGAGUUCGUCAGCUGGCGGCAGCAGGCCGGCGGCCAGGUGAAGGCCGAGGACCUGCACCAGCUGCUGGUGCUGGCGCGCCUGCUGAGCCUGUCGCGCGGCCAGACCGAGCUGACCGAGGAGGUGUGGCAGGAGGCGCGCCGGCUGGACGAGCAGCGCCGCCAGCGCGCCGAGAGGCUGGAGCCAGCGCCGGUGGCCGCCUGAGGCAGGCGACGGAGGUCGGCACUGGUGUGGCGGGAGGCUGGUCGCGAGUGGGCGAGAUGUGACAGCGGCCGGCUGUGGCGCGGUGGAGCGGUCUGGAUGGGAGCUCUGAGACCGUUCAAGUUGUGUUGUGAACAGUGGAGUUCUGAGCUGAUGAGGCUGUCGUGAUGCUGCUGAUACUGCUGUUGCUGCUGCUGGCGGCGUGAGGACGCCAGGAAAGAAGUACACAUAAUUCCCACAGACCGUUUGGGCCUGCUGUCUGUGGCGGCGGAGUCUGGAGCUGCCAGCGUCUGGCAGGGAUCGCCGGGGACCAUCAGACUCUUCCCCGUGGGGUGCGAGUGGUCGCUGUUCGGCUGUCCAGGAAGCGAUGCUCAAUCUCGCGUUGUGACGGUCUCCGCAGUGAACCAUCCCCGUUUCCGCCGCGGAUGAACGCGUGGUCCCACGAUGAUGACGUCAUUGGUGUCGGAGUAAACUUGCGGUCGCUGCACUGUGGUCACCUGACGAAGACGAAUGUUUGUUUUGUACCGCACAUUGCUGACGUAUCUGAAGCGUGUGUGAAAGUCGCAUUCCAUAUUUUUGUCGACUGCGCGACUGGUGUGAUGGAAUGAUAAUGAUGCCUGUGACAUGAGAA